GGCUCGAGUGAUUGAUGCUGAAUUACUUCAUUCAUUGAUAGGAUUUACACUUAUUUCUUUGAUCGACCUGUCUGUUUGUCCAGUCCAAUUCAGAGAUAUUAGCACAUCUUGAAUUCUUUAUAUCGAGGGCCACCACUCCUAGACUCAAUAGGUACUUCAAUGGAGUUCGAAUCUCAAGAUACUACAGAUAGCUUAACAUCUCUCUUGCAAUUGUUAUCAAAUACUUUGAUUCUUUAUCAAACUACUCCCUAUCUCCCAAUUUCUUCUCUUCUAGCUCUCGGAGCUACUUCAAAAUCUUUCAAAGGGCUCAUUCACGAGACCCCUCAUGUUUUCCGUUAUUUGAAGCUCUCAGACGUCGCAUCUGCAAGGGCCGGAAUUGGAUCAAUUGACAAUGGAGGACAGAGUUGGAGAAAUGUACAACUAGACGAGAAUGUAACAGAAGACGACUUUUAUGGUGGCCCACUGAGAGGCAUCUUCAAUCACCUCCGUCGUCGAAAUCUACUACUUGAUGUGGAAACCUUGAUACUGGACGGCCUUUCGGUUCCCUCCGACUUGGUUAGCGAAAUCGUACUAAACGAUUCAUACAACGUUCGCAUCCUAUCAAUCCGCGAAGUACAGAAUCUUAAUGAAGGAAAGCUGCGAGGUGCGCUCAAAUACUCGUGUCGCCCUUCUAGACCCAAAAAUACCCCUCGGCUGCAAGGGCUAUAUAUCUUUGGCUCCAAGGAUUCUCCACAAGUUGCGAAACGUCGAGGGCAUGUGAAUAGAUACCCUGCCGGUAUCGCGCCUAUAGACACAAUCCCCAAUUACGGAGUGACGUCUCUGGGAACAAAUCCAGGCAUGCACUGGAAUCGGAGAUCCGAAAAUGCUUUAGGCGAGGGUGCCUUGCGUGGAGGAGGUGAAGUUGGGCACCCGGAAUUUGGAAACAGAUUCCCAAAGCCCAUCCACAAUGACUGGGCAGACACUAUGACCUACUGUGAGGGGAUCAUCAGUUUUGAUGCUGUUCUUUGCAAGGGACCUCGUCACUCAGCAAGCUUGCCAUCGGAUAGUCCUGGUCCUUGGUACAAUCAUACGCAAAAUCGCAUUGACGGUGCGCGUGUAGCGACUCAUCUUCUAGGGGAUUGUAGUGGGUGUCGGACUGCUAAAAAUGCCUCGGUUUUUGGACAGUCGCCCAUGGUCUUAUUUCCACUCUUGGCGCCCGUCCCUCUUCAUGUCUCUACUGCCAAAGCAGCAAAAACACCGUUCGAAGGAUCCUCAUCUCGAGAAAAGCUGAUGGUUCGUUGCGUGGAUUGUCUACGAACCCGGUACUGCGAAGCUUGUCGCAAGUGGUGGUGCGAGGAUUGUUUUGAAGGAACUCAAACAAUCAGUAGUACUAGUAGCUCUCCAUUAUUGCAUUCGAUGGUGCCUGAAGUGGAAUCUAGUAAGUUUGGCGUCUCAAAAAGCUGCUUAUUUUGCGGACUCAAUUGUCACGAAUGUAUACAGAAGACUCAGUUGAGAUGCAAGAUCUGUAAUGGAGGAUACUGCACGGUCCAUAAUGAGGGAUCAACUUUAACCACAUGCGAUUGGUGCUCGCGAAGUGGUAGGCGAACGAGGGAAUUAUAUUGAUUCAUUAUCGCUCGUCACACGAUUCAACACAAAAACGGAUAUGAUCUCCCCUCUACAGAUACAUGAUCAUUAACUAUCGGCUAUUGAAUGGCUCAACCUUGCUCUCCAUGACGACCAAAACAAUCUCUAUCAUUCCUUGAGGUCAAUCUGUCGGUGUGGGAAUCUUGUUAGAAUCUCGUGGGAAUCUUUGGAGUUUGAUUGGUUUUUCCCCACAACCCCACGAGGAUUGAUAGAUUUGCGGGUGGCCAUCGUUGCAGAAUUUAUUAGUCUUUCGGACCGAAGACGGUUGAUAUUCGGAGCGGAACCACUACUUCACUCUUAGUCGAAUAUAUGUCUAUUUCCCCAUGCCAAGUAAAUGAAGCACGUUGACUGGUUCCGCUCCAUAUAUGUACUCGUAUACCCCGUACAGAUUUCACGAUUUUCUCUCUGGGGUUUCAGGCGAGACGCAUGUACAUAUCAUAUACUCUCCGUUCAACCGUUUGACAAAUGACUUAAAUACGAACUCACCGAGCUCUCCAAUAGCAACUGCGUUGUGUAUUACAAAUCUAUUACA